AUGGAAAGAACUAAUCAAAAGUGGUCUAAGAAAUGCCCUGUUUCUGAUGCUCAUAGUAAUAUUGAAGCAAAGCUUUCUUCUGUUAUUUGUAAUGGGGAUUGGCUUUGGAGACCAACUAGGUCUGAAGCUCUUGUUGGGAUACAAGCUAGACUUCCUGAAGUUGGAUUGGGGAUUUGUGACAAACCAGUUUGGAUUGCUUCUAAAAAGGGUUUUAUGUCAGCUCAGAUACUUGGGAUGUUCAUAGAGAGAAGAGGGAGAAGUCUCUUCGCUGGAAGAUGGUCUGGCCCAAUAUUGUUUGUGAGGCACUUGUCAUACAAAGAUAUAAAGAAGGCGACAGAUGGUUUUCAUAGAAUCAUUUAUUGCAAUUCUCAUGGAACUGCUUAUAAGGCCAGAUUCCAAGACGGUGGGGUUGCUUUGGUAAAAGAAGUUACAGCUUUUAGUCAAGAAUUAGAUGUCUUCUACAGAGAGGUGCAACUCCUGGGCCGCUUGCACCACCGCCACCUUCUUCCACUCAGAGGGUUUUCCACCGGAAAUAAGAGGUUGCUCAUUUUUGAUAACAUAGAAAAUGGAAGCUUGAAGGAGCAUCUUAGCGAUCCUCUUAAGACUCCCUUAAAUUGGAGGACAAGUAGGUGA